AUUAUUGAUAUUUUGACUUAUUUUGGAAAAAGUCCCCACGCCAGAUGUCCUCUGCUCUGCACUAUCUGAGAAGCGUCUCUCUCUCUCUCUCUCUCUCUGCUGAAUGGAGACUAUUUCUAGGGAUUCUGAAUAUGGUUUUGUAGAGAUGUUCAGGAGAGAGACGGGUUCAAUUCACCCCCGAACCUUCGCUCGCCGAAUCUCUGCUUCUGAGGUCCUUGUGAACCAAAUUGAUCUGUAUGGGAAGUUAAGUGGUCAUGCGGGUUGCGUAAACACAGUUCAAUUCAACCCUACUGGAGACCUUCUUGUGUCGGGUUCUGAUGAUCGACAAGUUAUGUUCUGGAAUUGGGCAAUGAAAAAAUUAGAAUUUUCAUAUCCUUCUGGCCACUUAGACAACAUAUUCCAGGUCAGGAUCAUGCCUUUUACUGAUGAUCGGAAAAUAGUAACUUCUUCUGCUGAUGGCCAGGUUAGGCUUGGUCAGGUACUUGAGAACAGCAAAGUAGAAACAAAAAGGUUAGGGAAGCACCAAGGUCGGGUGCACAAUCUUGCUGUGGAGCCUGGAAGUCCCUACAUAUUUUAUAGCUGUGGCGAGGAUGGUUUCAUUCAACAUUUUGAUUUGCGAAGUAAUUCUGCUAGAAAGCUUUUCUGUUGCUGUUCAUUCACAGAGAACAAGCAAUCUUCAAGCAGCAUAAGGUUGUAUGCUAUUGUGAUUGACCCAAGAAAUCCUAAUUACUUUGCCGUAGGAGGUUCUGACGAAUAUGCACGUGUCUACGACACUAGAAAAUACCAAUUGGAUGCUAGACCUGUUAAUACAUUUUGCCCUCGUCACCUGAUUGAGACUCACGAUGUUCACAUAACAGCAUUGGCUUACUCACACUCAAGCGAAUUGCUUGUCUCAUACAAUGACGAGCUCAUUUAUUUAUUUCAGAAGAACAUGGGGAUAGGUAUGUCCCCAUUGUUGUUCCCACAUGAGGAUUUACAGAAACUCGAAGAGCCACUAGCUUAUGAAGGGCAUAGGAAUUCACACACGAUUAAAGGAGUGAGUUUUUUUGGUCCCCAUGACGAAUAUGUCAUGAGUGGGUCUGAUUGUGGUCGUAUAUAUAUAUGGAAGAAGAAAGGAACCACACUCGUUCGUUCAAUGAUAGGUGAUCGGCACAUAGUAAAUCAACUAGAGCCGCAUCCAUAUAUCCCUGUCAUUGCUACCUGUGGAAUAGGAAAAAAUAUAAAGCUCUGGGCUCCUUCGUCAAAUGAUUUUCUUCCCCUUCCUCCCAAUGUACAAGAGAUUAUGGAGUCCAAUAGGCAAGCCAGAGAGGACCAUUCACGCAUUACGGUUACCCCCGAUGUAAUCAUGCGCGUUUUGCGGUUGCACAGGAGGCAAGCACUGACGUAUAUUCAAAGAAGAUACAAUACAGCUGAUGUUGAGGGUGAUGAAGAAGAUGAAUUUAUUACAGCAUUUUCUGGGGAUGUCUCUUCUGAGGAUGGAAAUUCCAGAGAGUGCAGCAUUAGCUAGAAUUUUUUACUUCCAUCAGUAAGUGAAAUCUCUGUUUUUUACCUUUAAAGGUUAGGUGUGUACCCAAUCUUUCGACUCCCAAACACACAUUAAUGUGUAUUAUUUGGGCGUUGUUUUGGGUACUUGUUUGGUUCUUCGUCAUUUUAU